AAUGACGCAUCCGUCAAUAUUUAAAGCGAACCAAAGAAAGAAAAAGUGUUUUUCGUCUAACAUCUUACAAGUGCGAAAUUUUUAAAAAUUGGUUGUUGAGAAACAUAUAUUUAAGUCAAUCCAGCAUCUACACACUGACCAAUCAAGUACGAAUUCCUAACAAACAGAAAACCCCGUCAAGAUGAGUUUCUUUGGCAAACUUUUCUCCGGGAAAAAGGGUGAACCAGCUCCGACACCAAGCGAGGCAAUACAAAAACUACGGGACAUUGAAAAUAUGCUUACCAAAAAGCAAGAGUUUCUGGAGAAAAAAAUUGAAGUCGAACUGGACACCGCACGAAAGAAUGGAACCAAAAACAAACGAGCUGCUCUUCAAGCCCUCAAAAGAAAGAAGCGGUACGAGAAGCAAUUGACGCAAAUCGAUGGCACUCUUUCCACAAUAGAAAUGCAACGUGAAGCAUUGGAGAAUGCCAAUACAAACACUGCGGUCCUAACCACGAUGAAGAAGGCUUCAGACGCUCUAAAGGCUGCUCAUAAGGACAUGAAUAUCGACGAUGUUCACGACAUGAUGGAUGACAUCGCCGAACAGAAUGACAUUGCGAAUGAAAUCUCAAAUGCUGUUUCGUCUGCUGUCGGUUUCGGACAGGACAUCGACGACGACGAGCUGGAGAAAGAACUGGAAGAGCUGGAGCAGGAAGAACUGGACAAAGAACUGCUGGGAGUGCAGCCCGAAACCGAUCAGUUACCGGAUGUGCCAUCCACCGAUCUUCCGAGCAAAGCGAAAGAAAAGAAAAAGGCAGUCGCAGAGGAUGAUGACGAUCCAGAUAUGAAGGAACUAAUGUCCUGGGCUAACUAAACCGGAUGUGGCAAUGGAAUGCACUGGUUUGCAAUGUAUCCUUGUGCCGUAUUUUCCGAACCCAAAUACACAUACACGCAUAGUCAUGAGAUCCCGGUUUGCUUUCAUGCGAUGCACUUAAUCUAUGUGAAAACAUAAGAGCUGUUUUUUUCUGCUAAACCAUAAUAUAAUGCUCUAGUGUUUAGUGAUCGAAA